GAGACAUCGGGGUGCGUGUUGCGAGCGUUGAGAGGUCCGUGGGGUUGCCUCGGAUUUAAGUGAAUAAGAAGUUUGCUUGCGGGCGCUAAAAGAAUUAAAAUAUGUCUGGGUUCGAUGACGCCGGCAUCUUCUUCUCGGAUAAUUUCGGGGCCGAGGAUCAACAGGACCAAAAUGAGAUCAACUUGCAAGCUGUCAAGAAGAAAUUCAGGGACUUCCUUCGUGAAUUUCAUGAGGGUAACUUCAACUACAAAUACAGGGACACUCUAAAACGACAGUAUAAUCUGCAGAAAUAUUUUCUUGAAGUACUCCUUGAAGAUGUUGCAAGCUAUGAUGAAACCUUGAUGGACUGUCUGUACAAGAAGCCAUCUGAUCAUCUACCCCUGUUUGAGGAGGCAGCAAAGGAGGUGGCUGAUGAGAUCACCCGUCCGCGGCCGGAGGGCGACACCGAGGUCGAGGACAUCCAGAUCUGCCUCAUAUCCAAUGCCAAUCCGGCCAAUAUCCGAGACCUCAAGUCUGAGGCCGUCAGCCACCUGGUGAAGAUUCCGGGCAUCAUUGUGGCGGCAUCCGGGGUGCGUGCCAAGGCCACCCGCCUCUCCGUGCAGUGCCGCUCCUGCCGCACGGUCAUCCCCAACCUGGCCGUCCGGCCCGGCCUCGAGGGCUACCAGCUGCCCAGGAAGUGCAACACGGAGCAGCCUGGCCGGCCCAAGUGUCCGCUGGACCCGUACUUCAUCAUGCCGGACAAGUGCCGCUGCGUCGACUCGCAGGUGCUGAAAAUGCAGGAGCUGCCUGAAAGCAUCCCACACGGAGAGAUGCCCCGCCACCUGCAGAUGUUUUGCGACAGGUACCUGUGUGAGAGGGCGGUACCGGGCAACAGAGUUACAGUUAUUGGACUGUAUUCCAUCAAGAAAACUGCGGGCUCGAAGAAGCAGGAGAAGGGUAAGCCCGGUGCCGGCAUCCGGGCGCCGUAUCUGCGGGUCAUCGGUCUGCAGGUCAGCAACGAAGGAGCCGGUCGCACCGCCUCCGUCGGCUUCACGCAGGAGGAGGAGGAGAAGUUCCGCGCGCUCGCCGGCUCCCCGGACGUGGUGGACCGGGUGGCUCGCUCCAUCGCCCCCAGCAUCUACGGUUUCGCCAACGUCAAGCGCGCUAUCGCCUGUCUGCUCUUCGCUGGCUCGCGGAAGCGGAUGCCGGACGGGCUGACGCGACGCGGGGACAUCAACGUGUUGCUGCUGGGCGACCCCGGCACGGCCAAGUCCCAGCUGCUCAAGUUCGUGGAGCGCGUCUCGCCGGUAGCCGUCUACACGAGCGGCAAGGGCUCGUCGGCGGCCGGCCUUACAGCCAGCGUCACCCGCGACCCGCAGUCGCGUAACUUCAUCAUGGAAGGCGGCGCGAUGGUGCUGGCCGACGGCGGCGUCGUUUGCAUCGACGAGUUCGACAAGAUGCGCGAGGAGGACCGUGUGGCCAUCCACGAGGCCAUGGAGCAGCAAACCAUCUCCAUCGCUAAGGCGGGCAUCACAACCACCCUCAACUCCCGCUGCGCCGUGCUCGCCGCCGCCAACUCAAUCUUCGGCCGCUGGGACGAGCUGAAGGGCGAGGAGAACAUCGACUUCAUGCCCACCAUCCUCUCCCGCUUCGACAUGAUCUUCAUCGUCAAGGACGAGCACGACGCCACGCGCGACAUGACGCUUGCCAAACACGUGAUGGGUAUCCACAUGAACGCGCUGCAGGAGGCGCCGCAGCGUGAGGGUGAACUGUCGCUCGAGUUCCUCAAGAAGUACAUCGCCUACUGCCGCAGCCACUGCGGCCCCCGCGUCUCAGAGUCGGCCGCCGAGAAGCUGAAGAACCGCUACGUGCUGAUGCGAGGCGGCGCGCGCGAGCACGAGAACCAAUCGGAGAAGCGGCUGGCCAUCCCCAUCACCGUCAGGCAGCUGGAGGCCAUCAUCCGGGUGUCGGAGUCGCAGGCCAAGAUGCGCCUGCAGCCCUUCGCCACGGACGCCGACGUGGACGAGGCGCUGCGCCUGUUCCACGUGUCGACGCUGGAGGCAGCCACGUCCGGGGGCUUGGCCGGCGCCGAGGGCUUCACCACGCAGGAGGAUCACGACAUGCUGGUGCACAUCGAGCGACAGAUCAAGCGCCGCUUCGCCGUCGGCUCGCAGGUCUCCGAACACGCUGUCGUGCAGGACUUCCUCAAGCAGAAAUUCCCAGAGCGGGCCAUCUACAAGGUGCUGCACUUCAUGGUCCGGCGUGGGGAGCUGCAGCACCGGCUCCAGCGCAAGAUGCUCUACCGGCUCAAGUGAGGCGGCGCUCGUGUCCGCGCCCGGACGUGACGUCAGCCGGAGCCGGCGCCGCCGCGCCGCCGCGCCGC